AUGACUACCGACUACAGCAAGAAGACGAAUGCAGAGCUCGUCGAAAUUCUGAAGGCGCGCUCUCUGCCACACACAGGGAAGAAGGCCGAGAUGGUGGCUCGCAUCCAGGAAGACGACGCUAGCAAGGCUACCAACUCCGCUGCGGCUCCCGCUGCCGCUCCCAAAGGCGACACCGCGGACGACGUCAUCGACUGGGAGGACGACGAGGUCCCCGCCGAGACAACGAAACCGUCCACCGAAGCCGCCGCGCCGGCCGAGAAUACCGAAGCGCCUAACCCCCAGCCCGACGCCGCUCCCGCCGCCCCAGAGGAACCCCAGGCGGAGCCCAAGGGGACCGAGGGAGAGACACAAGAAGGCUCAAACCAAUCUACUGCGACUGCGCAGGCGGAGGAGAAACCGGCUACCAAUUACGCCAAGGGUCUGCCCGUCACUGAGUUGGAGGAAGAACUGAAGAAGCGCAAGGCUCGUGCGGAGAAGUUUGGAAUCACGGAGGAUUCGCAGGCUGCGAUCGCUGAGGCCGAGCAGAGGCUAGAACGUGCUAAGCGCUUUGGCGCGGAGGCUGAGGUUCCUGCCAAUGCUGGCGUGAGCAAACUGGACGAAGCGCUGCCGACUGAGCAGCCUCGCAAGAGAGGCCGCGGCCAGAAUGAUCAGGGCGGUCGUGGAGGCAAGAGACGUGAUGUUGGGGGCAGAGGGCAAGGCCAGGGCCAGGGCCAGAGCCAGGGUCAGGGUCGAGGCGGCCGCGGCCGUGGCGGUCGCCCGCAAGGUCGCAACCAGCAGAGCGGCGCACGACCUAACAACGGUGGUGGUCAAGCCCCGAUGAGUGAGAAGGAUAGACUGGCUAUGGAGGCCCGGAAGAAGCGGUUUGCUGCCGCGUGA